AUGAAACAUUUAAAUGAUUACACAAUUAUUUUUGUUGAUUGACGUCAUGUAAUACAGACAGCACUUACUUGACUACACGUGCUUUCAAUGGUAUUAAACACACGUGUGGUAUGUAUUGACAAAUCAAUGACUUAUUUGUUGUCAUUUAAGACAAUUUGUUAAAAAUAUCAAUUAAUUUACGAUUUAUUAAGUGAUCAAUAGAUUCAUUGAUGUCUUAAUAAUAAAGUUUUAGCCAAAAUAUGGGGAGAUUUCAGGCGUUUAACGCAACGAAAAGUUUGUGUCAAAUGGACACAAACCAUGAGUUGAUAACACAGUUAAGACAUUUUCUGACACUAAAGAGUUGGUCACCCGAUAAUCGACAACACAUUUUGGACAUUGUGUCAGAUUUGAUACUCAUACGUGAAGUGCGACCAAAAUUGGUGUCACUGUUUGCCGCCGUUUUAAAUGAUUUACUCUUUAGAUGUCUAAAGAAGACUCAAUUAAGACGUGAUCUGUUUGUUGCUGUCAGUGAACUAAUUGGUUAUUACUCUUAUGCCACACAUUUUGCUUAUCAAUGUUUUCAAACCUCACUGUUUAAUCCGAUUGUUUUGUUGGACAAUACAACUGAAGAUAAUGAAGUUCUUGAUAUUAUCAUCGCAUGUCUUAGUUAUGUUCACUUCAAUCCCGUCUGGUUUAGGGACGCAUUUGAUUGGAGUUUUAUAUUGCAAUUGACAUCACAUGCAAACCAAGACAUUAGAUAUAUUUCAAUACAAUGUUAUGUCAUUUUGUUUGGUUUAAAUGGCACUCAAUUUGAUGAGUUGUUCGCUAAAGAGUUUACUGAAGAAGAUUUGAUUCAACUAAGACUUAAAUAUUUAUAUUUAUUUUCAAUGCGAAUGCCAUUAACUCAACUAAAAGAUGUUUUAUAUUAUGAGAUAAGUAAUGAUAAAUUUUGUGGUGAUUUUGAGCAUUAUUUCGAUGAAAAGGAUUUCACUGAUGAUGUCGUGUGCGUUGAAGGGAUUUUAAUUAAUAAAUUAAAAAGUUGUCAAUUAAUUGAUGGAAAUAGUGAUAGUUAUGAUAAUUUCAAUGAUAAUAAUGUAAUAUUACUGUCGACCACUCGAAACAAUAUAAGAAACAUUGCAUUAGGUAUUGCUUAUGAAAAACCCAUUCUCAUUGAAGGACCGGUAGGUUCAGGAAAGACAUUACUUAUUGAAUACAUUGCUUCUCUUACGGGAAGACGAAAAGCACCUCAACUAACAAAAAUUCAAAUGGGAGACCAAAUUGACGCCAAAAUGCUGAUCGGAUCCUAUAUUUGUACCGACAUUCCCGGAGAGUUCGUUUGGAAGGCCGGACCACUAACUCAGGCCAUGAAAUACGGUCAUUGGAUUGUUUUAGAAGACAUAGACUGUGCUCCUUCUGAUGUCAUAUCAAUGCUGACAUCUGUAUUAGAAUCCAAUUCUUUGUCAUCACUUCCCGGUUGUGAAAAUCAAUUAAAUAGAGUUCACAACGAAUUUUGCAUAUUCUUUACCAGACGUCUGAUAAGCUCUCAAAACAGUGAUAUAAAACAUUCAGAGUUUGCCAUUAAAUUUGGUGUUCAUAAUAGUGUCAAUAAAUUGUGUUUUAAAGUGACACUCAAUUUGAUGGACAGAACGGAAUUGUCAUCACUUAUAUCAAAGAAGUGGUCAAAUUUGGAUAAAAUAAUUGACAGAAUUUUAGAUAUUUAUUAUUAUCUUCAAACUGAAAGUCAAAAUAAUAGUCUUAAAAGACAAAUAUCAUUAAGAGAUUUAAUGAAAUGGUGUCAAAGGAUUUCCAAGAAUUUUAAACUAAACUCCGAUAAGUCGGCGAUAACGGCAUUAUUGGAUGCAAACGAUUGUUUUCUUCAAUCACAUUCUAGUCCAUCGAUACGGAUAACCAAAUCGCAAGUCAUUGGUUCUCAUUUGAAUAUAACUGAAAGUCAAAGUGAAUACCUGUGCGCUAAACGUAAACCUGAAUUAAUUGUAAACAAAAAUAUGUUUAAAAUUGGAAGAAUUGAUUUCAAAUUAAAUUAUAAUAAAAUUAAUUUGAAUGAAGAUUACAAGCAUUUGCCAACAUUUGCUUUGACUCAUCAGUCGCUAUCACUUUUGGAGCGCAUAUCUGUUGCCAUUGAUAAUAGAGAACCAGUUCUGUUGUGCGGCGAAACAGGAACUGGAAAGACAUCAUGUGUUCAAUAUUUGGCCAAAAGAUUAAAUAAAUCAUUGACUGUCAUCAAUAUGAACCAACAAAGUGAUAGUUCAGAUCUUUUAGGUGGAUAUAAACCUAUUGAACUGAAUGUAAUGAUUAGUCCAAUAAAAGAUGAAUAUUUGUAUUUGUUUGAAAAUACUUUUGAAAAGGAGAAAAAUUUAACAUUUUUGACAAAAUUUGAACGAUUAUAUAAAUCUGAAGAGUGGUCGACACUAUUUAAAAUUAUACUUCGGGUUUAUGAAAAUGCUUUAACCAAAUGUAAAGAUCAAUCACUUCUUGAACGAUGGAAAGUAUUAGGCGAACGAAUUACUCGAUUGCAGACAAAUAGAUGCAAACAAAAGGGUUGUUUGGCUUUUAGUUUUAUUGAAGGAAGUCUUGUAAAGGCAAUGAAAAAUGGUGACUGGAUUUUAUUGGAUGAAAUCAAUUUGGCUGAAUCUGAAACACUGCAGUGUUUGUCUGCUAUAUUGGACACUGAAAAGGGUUCAGUUGUUCUUCUAGAUAAAGCCGAUGGUAUAGCAGCCCAACGAAACCCAGAGUUCCGUUUGUUUGCGUGUAUGAAUCCGGCCACAGAUGUCGGCAAAAAGGAGUUACCUCUUGGCAUAAGAAAUCGUUUUACUGAGUUUUUUGUCGACGAACUCGAAGAUAAACCUGAUUUGAGAAUUCUCAUCCAUUCAUAUAUUGGGAAAUAUGUUUCACCGAAUUUGAUCGAAACAAUUCUCAACUUUUAUUUGCAAAUGAAAAGCGAUUCAAAGACCAUUUUGACGGACAGUAAUGGAUUGCGACCGCACUAUAGUUUAAGGACUCUUUGUCGGGCACUAAGUGUCUCGGCUUCAAAUCCGUGUACAAUUGUCUUGAGAUCACUUUAUGAAGCAAUUUGUUUAUCAUUUCUCACUCGAUUGGAUCACAACUCGCAUAUUAAAGUUGAAAAUGAUAUUAAGUUAGCUUUAUUUGGUGCCAAAGAUACACAAAAGAUAUUGAAAGCUAAAAUUCAAGCGCCAAAGUUGUCGGAGAAAUAUCAAUGCAUUGAAGGGUUUUAUAUUCUUAAGGGACCUAAAGAAUUAAAAAUGAAUGAUUCAUAUAUUUUAACGGAAACUGUUAAAAGAAAUCUUCAGAUGAUUUGCAGAAUAGUAUCAAUUGGUAAAACUUUUCCAAUUCUGUUGGAGGGCGAGACCUCAGUCGGAAAAACAAGUUUAAUUGAAUGGUUGGCCGCCGUCACCGGAAAUGUGUGCGUCCGCGUCAAUAAUCACGAACACACAGAUCUUCAGGAAUAUGUGGGCAGUUAUUGUGUGGAUGCAAAUGGAAAGCUUGUAUUCAGAGAAGGAGUUUUGGCUGAAGCCAUGAGAAAUGGUUAUUGGAUUAUAUUAGACGAACUUAAUUUAGCGCCGACUGAUGUAUUGGAAGCUCUUAACAGAGUUUUAGAUGAUAAUAGAGAGCUAUUUAUUCCCGAAACACAACAACUAAUUAAAGCCAAUUCCAGAUUUUUAUUGUUUGCCACCCAAAACCCCGCCGGUCAUUAUGGCGGACGUAAAGUGUUGUCCCGUGCUUUUCGUAAUCGUUUUGUUGAAUUACAUUUUAAUGAAAUUCCUAACGAAGAACUUGAGAUUAUUCUUCAUAAAAGAUGUGCUCUUCCUAUGUCUUAUGCUAAGAGAAUGGUUGGAGUUUUGCACGAUUUACAAAUAAGGCGACGAGAAAGUGGUGUUUUUGCCGGAAAACAAGGAUUUAUUACGUUAAGAGAUCUCUUUCGUUGGGGUGAAAGAUAUAGAAGAUUUGCAAAUGAACUGAACAAAGAAAUAACAUUUUAUGAUUAUGACUUACAUCUUGUCAAAGAUGGUUAUAUGUUACUCGCCGGUAGGGUUCGUAAACCUGAAGAGCUAUCACUCGUGCAAUCUGUUCUCGAAACGAGAUUUAAACGAAAAUUGGAUACAAAUACUUUGUUUAAUUCGACUUCAUUUCUCGGCGAUUAUAAUAUUGAUGAUGAAUACAAACAUAUUGUAUGGACCAAGUCUUUUAAACGAUUGGCCAUUCUAUUGUCCGAAGCUAUCAAAUACAAUGAACCGGUUUUAUUAGUUGGAGAAACUGGAUGUGGAAAGACAUCAAUUUGUCAACUGUUUGCAGGACUCAGUAAUCGAAAAUUACAUUCCGUUAGUUGUCAUAUGAAUACCGAAAGCGCAGAUUUUUUAGGAAGUCUCAGACCUGUUCGCGAACAUAUAGAUGAAGACAGUGAAGAAAAUAGUAAAUUAUUUGAAUGGGUUGACGGACCACUUGUUGAUGCAAUGAAAAAUGGCGACUACUUUAUGGUUGACGAGAUAUCUCUUGCAGAUGACUCAGUUUUGGAGCGUCUAAACUCUGUCUUAGAAACAGAAAGAACUCUUGUUUUAGCGGAAAACAACAACACCUUUGAUAGUGAUAUAUCAAUUCCAGUGAUCAAAGCUAAGCCAUCGUUUAGAUAUAUGGCAACUAUGAAUCCGGGCGGCGAUUACGGUAAGAAAGAGCUCUCGCCUGCGCUUAGGAAUAGAUUUACAGAGAUCUGGUGUCCAUCUUAUGAUAAUAUUGAAGACAUCAAAGAUAUAAUUGAUCAUAAUUUAAGUGAUACUUUAGAUGAGUUUAAGAAUAUUGUCUGUCAAUCUAUUUGUCAAUUUAUUUCUUGGUUUAAUAUAAACAUAAAAAAUUCAAAGCAAUUAAUAUUAAGCAUUAGAGAUGUCUUAAGUUGGGUUGAAUUCAUAAAUGUUAGCAUUCAGUCAUCAAAUGUAAUAUCUCUGUCCAUUAGCGAUGCAUUUAUGAACGGAGCACUUCUUGUUUUUGUUGACGCCAUUGGAUGUGCCGGAUAUACAUUCAAUACAAACAUCAAGAGUUCAAUUGAAAUUCGCACUGAAUGUCAACAAUAUCUUAAUAAUUUGUGUCAAAAUAUUAUUGUCAAUCAAACAACAACUGAUAAGAUGGAUAUUAACUUAGAUAACAGCAAAUAUUUUACUAUUAAACCAUUUUGUAUACAUAAAGGACCGCAUAUUCAUACGAUUAUUGAUAAUCAAUACUAUUGGGACAGUCCUACAGUUAGAAAUAAUGCUUUAAGUGUAUUAAGAGCAAUGCAAUUACCGAAACCCAUACUUCUUGAAGGUAUGCCUGGAGUAGGAAAGACUACUUUAGUACAGGCAUUGGCUAAAGCAAGUGGACAUCGAUUGAUUCGUAUUAAUCUAUCGGAACAAACAGAUAUUAGUGAUCUUUUUGGUGCUGAUCUUCCUAUCGAAGGUGACAACUCUGCCGGAAAAUUUGCGUUCAGAGACGGACCACUACUUCAGGCACUUAAGAGCGAUUGGACAUGGAUUGUGUUGGAUGAACUUAAUUUGGCCCAACAAUCAGUUCUUGAGGGUCUAAAUGCUUGUUUUGAUCACAGAAAUGAAAUAUUUAUUCCCGAAUUGAAUAAGACAUUUAAGAUAAGCAAAACAAUGACCCGUAUAUUUGCCACUCAAAACCCACAUUCAGAAGGUGGUGCUCGAAAGGGUUUACCCCGAUCUUUACUAAACCGUUUCACUAAUGUAUAUAUGCAUAAUUUGGACACCGAUGACUAUGUCUUAAUACUUACAAACACUUUUCCAAAAGUUCCGAUAACUGUUAUUAAACAAAUGGUAUCUUUUAAUGAUGAAGUUAUUAAUGAAAUUGUGAAAUCUAAUAAAUUUGGCCAAAAGGGCAGUCCCUGGGAAUUCAAUCUAAGAGAAUUGAUCCGAUGGUUACAAUUGACUACACAUAAAGUAUCGGACUUUAAUUAUGUUGAACCCGAAAAUUUUGUGAAAUUGUUAUAUAUCGAUAAAAUGAGGACAAUUGAAGAUAAAAUAAAAAUGAGUGAAAUCGUCGAAAAGCAUUUUAAUAAUUUUAAAUUAAAAACAAUUAAUUUUGUUGUCACUGAUAAUUAUUUACAAAUCGGACAUUCGUUUAUAAAACGGCGACGAAAUCUGAACAAUGAAUUAACAAAUUUUAUUGUUUUUGAUUCACAAAAGCAAUAUUUGGAGUCAUUAAUGAAAUGUCUUGAAAUGAAUUGGAUGUCAAUAUUAAUMGGCGACUCAGGUGUUGGCAAAACAAGUGUUGUCAAACUUUUGGCUGAUCUAACGGGACAUAAACUUAGAAUCUUUUCAAUGAAUCCAGAAAUGGAUACAAUGGAUCUUUUGGGAGGAUUUGAACAAAAGGAUUUCUCUCAUCAAUUAAAAGAUAUCGAAGAAUCGAUUUAUUCUAUAUUUUGUCAAACUUUUUAUAACAAUUCACCACAAAAGCAAAAAACAAAGCAAAUUCUUGAAUUGUGGUUUAAAUUACAAACAUUACACUUAAGUGAUCUAUCGAUUAAUGACAUGUUAUUAGAAAAGCUUCAAAUUUUUGAUGAAAUUCUAGACAUUAUUAAAGAAAUGAAUGUUUUGGAUAAUACAAUAACAACUAAUUUGAAACAACAAGUGAUUUCAAUUAAGACAAGUAGUUAUAAUGACUCAAUUAGUGGUACAUUUGAAUGGCGCGACUCGAUUGUGGUCAGAGCUGUAACUUCUGGAGGAUGGCUUCUUAUAGAUAACGCAAAUCUUUGUAGUGCUUCCGUAUUGGACAGACUAAACAGUUUACUUGAGCCAAAUGGUGAACUUAUUAUUACAGAAAAGGGAUCAAUUGAUGGUCAAUUGACAACAAUUAAACCACAUCCUGACUUUCGACUAAUUUUGACAAUGGAUUCAUUAAAUGGUGAACUCUCACGAGCGAUGAGAAACAGAGGAAUUGAGAUAUUUAUGUUUCCCAUUAAUGAUAAACAAGAUUUUAUAAAACAAUUGAAUGGUUUGUUUGAAAGUGAUAGUGAUUUAUACCAAAUUGUUGUCAAAUGUUACGAACAAUUUAAUAACAAUGAAAACGACAAAAUUAGUUUAUUUUCAUUGACUGAAUGUGUCAAAAGUUUGAUUUAUAAUUUACAAAACGGUUUUAGACCUGAAUUAUGUCUAAAAGAGUUUUGUUUAAAAAUCAGUAAACAUUGUGUUUGUGUCGACGAUAUUGAACUUUUUGUUAAUAAUAUUAUGUCCAUCAAUAUAACGAAUAAUUUAAGACGAAAAACAUUGUCAUUAAAUAAUUAUAAAUACGAUUCAUUGACAUCAUAUGCUGUCGACGAUUUAGUUGUCGUUUCUGAUAUAUCCAAACUAAGGCGACAAUCGAUUGAUAGGAAUUACUUAAUCGAGAAAUUCUCCACAACUUUGAGAAUCUAUUUAGAAAAGAGUUGUUUCAAAGAUUUCAAUAUUCGUUGCCAUUUAUUAAACCAAUACUCUAGUGAUUAUUAUUAUACAAAUGACACACAAUUAAUGUCAACUAUUGGUAGCAAAAUAGAAGAAUUGAUCCCAAAAACGAAUAUAUUUAACAAUUUCUCUGAAAUUGAAAUUGAUUUGAGACAUAAUACUGAUGUCUGGAAAUAUUUAUCGCAUUUAAUGAAUUUCAGUGAUUGUAUUGAAUUAAUUGAGAAUAAUAUAAAUCGAUUUAUGAUUAAUAUGUUUUGCCAUCAAUUAAAAUGCCAACAAAUGUUUAUAAAGACCACAAAUGGUGACCAAAUGAUGACAUUCAUGCAAAUGGUUUCUCAACUAAUUAAUGAUAAAUCUUUUCGAAGUCCGCAUUCAAAACUUUUUAUUGCUAUUUAUAGUGUAAUUAAUAAUAUUGAGAAUCAAUUGAUUACAAAAGCGCGUGAAUUGUGUCCAACCAAUGAUGACUUUAUACUAUUACGUGAUAUUCUUCUUUGGAUUAAUCAAUUACUGACUAUUUGUUAUCAGAAGUAUCCAAAAGCUGAUGUCUUAAGCAAAUUUGUGUCUCAAGAAUUUAUCACAUUAUGGAUUCUCUGCAAUGAUAAGUCUUUAUCAAUAUUGCAAACAUUUUUAGAUAUAGAUUUAGGAGAUACUAUAUCUAACGUUAACAAUCUAUUAAACAUCGAUGGCAUGGAAUCAAUGAAAACUAAAUACAAUUUAUCUCUUUUAAUGAAUAAUAAUUGUUUUAUUAUGAGAUCACAAGACUCUGCAAUAUAUUUUGAAUCUUUCGUUGGUUUAUGUGAUGAUAUCUUUCGCAUCAAACAUUUGUGUCAUUUAAAUUCAUGUAAAGACAUUAUUUUAUUGAUGUAUCACAGCAUUUGUGAUUUGAUUAGUGAUACUUAUAAUAGAGUUAAUGUCAAAAAAGAUUUAAAAAUUAUUAAACAAAUGAUAACUAAUUUGUCAAAAGAUAAGAAAGAAGACGAAGAAGAAAGUUUUGAAUACAAAGACGCUAUUAAUAGACGAAAGUCAGUGACAAACAAACAAUUAGAACCGUUAUAUCUUUUAUCGAUAUUUUACGCGGAAAUGAUUUAUUUCAACAAAAUAUUAAACAAUUUUAGUGAUCAAUACUUGAAACUAUUUGAAUCCAAAUUUGUAACAUUAAAUCCAUUUCAUAUGACAUGUUUGACUUUAAGCAACAAAAGCGAUAAUAUCUCAACAGAUUUAAUACUUUAUCAUUUCAUUGACUUAAACCAAAAUUUGACGAUUAGUAAUGUCUUAAAUCUUUUUUCUAUUGAUUUGACAAAUAAAACAAUUAAAUCAUUUGAAACUAAUAUAUUUAAUGAACGACUAUUACAACUGACGUCUGAAUGUUUGCCAUUUAUAUCAUUGACAUCGAGUUAUUUGUUAUCAAACAAACAUAACUCAAUUGGUUUAUUAAGUGAAAAGUUAUAUCAAUACCAGCGCUUAAAACAAUUUUUGACAUUGAAUUUUGAAACUAUUAAUGAAUUUCAAACAAAAUCACUGACUAAACAACAUUUUAUUUUUAUAAAGACCUGGUUUUCACAAUUAAUUCAAAACGUGAACACAAGUUCUCCCGUCAAGAAAAACAGUUUAAGUGCCAAAAUCAACGACACUAAUGAACUUUUCAAUUAUAUCUCUUUAUUGAUCUAUGAAUGCAAAGACUCAUUUGAUGAAAGUGUUGCCAUGAUUUACAUCGGAUACACAACCACUCAGUUAUUGUGUCCAACGUAUCCAAUUGAUCCAAUUGUGCGAAUCAAUUGUAAACUUAAUCACUAUAUAAUAGAUCUGAAGUUAAUCAAUGCUGAAAUUGAAGUGAGAAAUGCUUUUUUGCUUAUUAAGUCAAGUCAUACAUCAAUUGACUCUUCAGAUCACAUAUUAAUGCAACAAUUGAUUGAACGGAAGAAACUUUUGGAGAAAAAGAUUGCAAAGUUUGAGUCAAGUCUUCCGUUUCGGUCAACUUCUUGUGACUACCAAAAGCUAAAAGCAGAUUGUAUUCAAUUUAUUGAUACUGUAAUUAAUAAGAAAGCAUUAGAUAAUUGUUUAAAGAAGUCAAUUACAGUAUUUAGAGAAUCAAAUGGUAAUAAAUCAGUGAUAAAUAUUCAGCAAAUGAUGGAUGAGUUAAUGAAUCUUCAGUUGACAAUUACAUCAUUCAUCCGUCGCAUUCAAAUUUCUUAUCCAUUAUAUCAAGACUUAGUUAAUGUAUUUCUUAUUGGUGUCUCUUUCAUACAAAAAGGACUAAAAGAUCUAACAUUUUAUUUUCAAAAUAAAAAUUUAGUGAUUAAUGAAUUGAAAUUUAGUCAAAUGACUGAUUUUAAAACGUGUAUUCAAAUUGUGGGCAAUUUUUGUAAUACAAAAUCGCCCGCAUUUAUAGCAAAAUAUUUGUGUUCAGUCGAUAAUAUAAAUAAUUUCAAACGAUUAUUAAGUUUUGCAAAAUUGGAUUUUGACUCAAAUAUCUCGAAACUUUUGAUAUCAGCAUUAAUUGAAAUUCAAAAUGAAAUGUCUAUAAACUAUAAUAACUCUCAUAUAUUACUUUCUUUACGUAUUUUUGAUAUUUUUGUCAAAUGUUGGCAAAAAAUGAAAGAAGAAGAAGAGAUAAAGAAAUCAGAAGAAGAAACACUUUUUGAGUAUCGAAUGAAGACUGAAUGUACUGAAGAAAUGGUUGAAGAGGAAAGAGAUAAACAAGAAAUAGAAAUACUAUUUCCCACUUAUUAUGAACAAUAUGUGGAUGUCAUCGAUCAAUACGACAGCAAUGAAGACAUUAAAGUAGAUUUAAAUGAAUACAAAACAGAUAAAGAUAUUACAUGUGAUAUAAUAAGGAGUCACUUGAAUAUCGUUGAAUUGUAUAACACAAGUGACAAAAAAGUGAUUAACUUUCGUGAGCCUUAUAUUAUAAGACAUUCAGUGGUCUCUCAAAUAAUUAAACGAUUGGGAGUUUUCUUUGAUAUAUCAGUUGAUAGUGAGCUUAUUGGCGGACAUUUAAUUGCUUGCAAUGAAAUAAUUAAUGACAUUAAUAGUGUUGAUUUCAUCGAUUCAUUUAAUAUAUACCACAACUCAUCGAUUCAAGAAACAAGUGUUUGCUUAAAAAUUUUGGAAACAAUGGAAACAAAAAUUAUGAUUGAAUUGUUGCCUCAGUUUGAAAAUCAUCCGAUUUUAUUGAAAAUUCUUAAAGUGAUUCACAGAAUAUUUGAAUUUAACUCAAGAGAACCGCUUAUUAAAUUUGCCACCGGAUUAGAGGUAUUACUUGAGGUAUCACAAGAUUGGCAAUUAAUGGCUCAUAAAGGUAUCAGUUUAACUGAUAAUCUUAACGAAGUGACACAAUUAUUGAUCAGUUGGCGAAAACUGGAGCUCAAGUGUUGGUCUGAAUGCUUGAAUUCAGUUGACAUCGAUAUUGAAAAGAAACUAAUGAUUAACUUUUGGUUUCAUUUAUACAUAACUAUAACAUCUUUAUUGGAGAGCAAUAAAAAUGAUUUCUAUGAAAACGAAAUUAAAGAAUUUAUUGCUUCAAUACAAAAAUUUAUUGAAAAUUCAAAAUUAGGUGAAUUCAAGAUUAGACUUAACCUUUUGAGAGCAUUUAUAUAUCACAUUCAAUCUGUUAACAAAAAAAGUUUUGAUAAUUAUUUGUUUAUUUCUCUCAAAAAUUUAUAUGAAUUUUAUCGACAAUUUAAUACAAAUAUUGAAAAUGCUUUGAUUAAUGUGAGAAAACCCAUUGAAAAAGAAGUGAAAGAGUUUGUAAAGAUUACCAAAUGGAGUGAUAAUAACUUUUGGUCGCUUAAGAGUACUGUCGAUAAAUCACACAAACAGUUGUAUAAAUAUAUUAAGAAAUACAGAUCACAAUUGAUUCAACCCAUUCACCAAUUUCUUGUCAUUCAAAACACUGAUAGUGUAAAUGAAUCGUCAAAUUGGAAAUUAGUUUUGAAUUAUAAAAAUACGUUUGACAUUCAUAACACAAUUGAAGAUAAAAAUCUACAAAUGUUUUGUGAUUAUAAUUUACUUCAAAAAAGUCCAUCACUUCUCAUUAAAAGCAAACGUUUGUCUAAAAAGAUUUUUAAAAAUACUUCAAAUAUUGUUAAGAAAAUCAAUUGUAUUGAAGAGUUUUCUUCUGAUAUUAUAAAUACAGUAAAGGAGUUGAGUUGUCUUCAGGUAACUGAAGAUAUUAAAGAUAAAACAAAGUGGAAAAAGAGUGUUAAUCACAUCCAAAACAGGAAACGUCGCGCUUUGAGUGAACUGUUUAAAAGUUUAACUCAUUUUGGACUUUCUUAUAGAAAAGGUUUGGUCAUUGAAAGUAAUAUAGACYWCAAUGAGAUGAUUAUGACUACCAAUUGUCUCAAUAACAACAUUCAUCAAAGUUUUCAAUUAUCAAUUGAUAUGAUAAACGAUAUAACUUCUUGUGAUAAAUAUUUUUAUAAAAGUUUGGCCCGUUUUACGACACUUCGUGUAUCACUAGAAAGUCCUAACAAACAGUUAUCCAUUGGAAGUAUUGACAGAAUCAAAGGAUUUUCAGCACAAUUAAUGAACCAAAUAAUAGAUACAAGAAAUUCAUUGUCAAAAUUUAUAAAUGUAUUUAAAAGUUUUAAAUUAUAUCAACAAAAUCUGAAUGUAUUUACCGGAGACAAUGCAUUAACACAAAUAAUAUCAAAUAAAUUUAAAUCUUUGGAAAUUAAUGGUAAGAAUGGACUGAAUUCUCUCAAAGAUUUAUAUGAUUUAAAAGAGAUUUACAACACUUUAAUGACUUUAAUGGAUGAAUUGAAAACCUGUUAUUCAAACGAAAUAUUUUGUUAUUUAAGUUUAGAUUUAAAAUUUGAAACACUUUUCAAUGAAACUAAUGAAUUAAUAUUAAAUUUUGAAUCAAAAUCUCAAAAUUAUUUGUCAACUAAUUUUGAAGCAAAAGUUGAUAAUAUAUGCGCUGAACAAUCAAUAGUUUAUAUUAAAACAAUAUUAUUAUCAAUUGAAAAGAUUUUCAAAUCAUUUAAUGAAUUAAAAGAUGAGACGAAUGAAGAUUUAUUAGAGAAUUCAUUUCAAUCUUUUGAUUUGAAAAAUAUUUCAAAGAGUUUAAAGAUUGUCAAUAAUUUGAAAUUAUUUGAAAAACUGAUUGAUUUGAUGAAUACUGUUUGUCAGCCAAUUGAAGACUCUUUGUCUUUGAUGUCGUUUCUUGAAUUUAGAACUCAAAUAUUGAAAACUAUUUAUCCAUUUUUGGAAAUUUAUACAAAUUUAUUGCAAUAUUUUGUGAUUUUAUCGAUUUCUUCAUUGAGAACAUCAAACAAACUUCUUUACGUACUUUUAUCACUGUUUUGUGAGUUAAUUCAAAACGGAUUUUGUUUACCACAAGAACUGAACGAAGAAAGUGAAAGCAAUGAAAAGGGAACGGAGUUUAAGAACAUUGAAAACGCAGGUCUUGGAGAAGGAGAGGGAACUAAGGAUGUGAGCGAUAAAAUUGAAAGCGAAGAUCAACUCGAAGAUACUUUUAAAGAAGGUCUUGAAAAAGGAAAUAAAGAUGAAGAGGAAGACAAUGAUAUUGAAGAAGAAGAUAAUGGACUUGAAAUGGAAAAUGAUUUUGAGGGACAAAUGUUUAGUCCAUCUAAAGGAGAUAAAGAAGAUGAUGACAAUGAUUCUGAAGGAAGUAAUGAAGACGAAAACUUAGAGAAUCAAAUGGAUGACGUCGAUGACAAUUCUGAAGUUUUAGAUGAAAAAAUUUGGGGAUCAGAUGAAGAGGACUUAGAUUCCGAUCAACAGGAAGAUGACGAUGAAACGGGAUUUGCCGGAAAAGAUUCAAUUGAUAGCAAAGUUGUAUCAAAGGAUGAAAACAAAGAUUUAAAGAAAGAAAAUGAAAUAAAUGAAAAUGAAAGAGAAAAUGAUGAAGAUUUGGAUAUUAAUGAAAAUGAAUUGCAAAACGAUGAAUACGAAGACGAAACUAUUGAUCCAUACAAAGAGGUCGAACCUAAAGUAGAUAAAUCACAACAAGAUUUACCUGAAAAUAUGCAAUUAGAUGAUAAUGACGAAGAAAAUGAUAAGAAUUCCGAACAAAAUGACGAAAUUUCAGUUUCUAACGAAAGUUUUAACGAUUCUGAGUCUAAUGAACAAGAUUUGGAUGAUCUAAAUGAAGAAGAUUUUAAUAACAUUGAAGAAAAUGAAACGAAUGAUAACAACUGUAAUGAUAAAACAGAUGAAAUUGAUGACAAAGAAUCAGAAGACAAUGAAACAAAAGAAUCAGAAGACAAGCAAUCGAUAUCUAAUCCAAAUAAAGAAGAAAGGAAUACCAAUAAUGAAAUCUUUGGAUUAGACAAUAAUGACAAGUCAUUAGAAAAUGAUAUGAAUUCAAAACAAGAAUCAGAUAUUUGUAACGAACAAAAUUCGGAUCAAACAGACACUCAUAAUGUCAUCGAAAAUGACAAACAACACGGACUCAGCCAAUCAUUAGUCGGCGAUAACUCGACUCAAUCACAAUCACAACAAAUUCAAACUUCUGAUUCUUUUGAGGACAAAGAGUCAAAUGAAGAAAAGUUUCAACAAAACAACAAAAUGGAUAAAACUCGACGAACUUUGACCGAUGAUUACAAUAAAAGUGCUAAACGACAGAAAGUGUUAGAAAAUAACAGUCAAUUUGAUGAAAUUGAAGAAAUAAAUUGCCAAAAAAAUGAAUCAGAAAAUCAAAUGAUUAAUUCACAACUUUAUCAACACAUCGAUGACAAGACAAAAGCUAAUAAUCAAGUUAUGGACAUCGCAAGCAAUGAAGAGAAAAUUAUUCAAAAAGAAGACAUUGAAAAUGAUGGUAAAGAGGAUAAUAAACAAAUUGAUGUAAACAAACCCGAAGAGAUGGAUAUUGAGGAAACUGAAGUUGAAAUGAUUGAUAAACUAAAACCAAUUGAUGUCAAACCAGAAGUAACUAAUAAUAAAUUAAAUGAUAAAAACAAAGAUAAGAAUAGCAAUACAAGCGAAGAAAUAAUGGAUACCGACGGACAAGUUGUACCCACUUUAACCGUCCAAAGAGGAAAUGAGUCUACAUUUUGCACUCCAAUGAAUGUCAUGAUUACUGAAGAAUUAAAUGAGAUUUUAAUUGAGAAUUGUUUUCAUGAGUUAUCCUUCAAAGGGACUAACAAUUUGGACAUAAAUACAGUGAUAGAUAUGUGGAAGGAAUGUGAGGCCAAAGUGUCUCCAUUGGUAUAUGAAUUGUGCGAUCGCUUACAACUGGUUUUAGAGCCGACAAAAAUGGCGAAACUUAGAGGAGAUUACAGAACUGGUAAACGUCUUAAUAUGCGGAAAGUGAUCGCAUAUAUUGCAAGCGAUUUUAGAAAAGAUAAGAUUUGGUUGCGAAGAACUAAAGCCAGUAAACGUGAGUUUCAGAUUGUUAUUGCCAUCGAUGACUCUUCCAGUAUGUCCGACAAUAAGUCAAAACAAAUGGCUUUUGAGUCAUUGGCUCUUUUGGGCAAAUCUUUGACAUUACUAGAAGCGGGAGAACUGGCUAUUGUUAGCUUUGGACAAACCGUCAAUUUGUUGCAUCAUUUCAAUCAAACAUUUAACGAGAAUACAGGAGUAAACCUUUUAACUCAAUUGACUUUUGAACAAAAGGAGACACGAAUUGGGGAUCUUUUAGAGGCUGUAAUUCAAUUGAUGUCAAACUCUAGAAACAGAAUGAGUUCAGCGAAGGUAGACAUCUCUCAAUUGCUUGUUAUAGUUUCCGAUGGAAGAGGUAUUUAUAGUGAAGGAGAACAAAGAGUUAAACAAGUGAUCCGAAGAAUGAAAGAAUUGGGAGUAUUUGUAGUGUUUGUUGUCAUCGAUAAUCCUCUGAAUAAAGAUUCAAUUCUUGACAUACGAGUACCCAUUUUCAGUACUACCGGUUCCGUCAAAAUUGAGUCAUAUAUGGAAAGAUUUCCCUUUCCUUUCUAUAUAUUAUUACGUGAUAUCAAUGGUUUGCCUAUUGUUAUGGGAGAAGCUUUAAGACAAUGGUUUGAGUUGAUUACAAGUGGACAGACAUAAAG